GAAUAUACAAAGCCCUAGAGCAAAAAUCCCCGCAAUUCCCCUCCCCCGAACCUCCACCGCGCCACUCCUCCACCCUCCGCCGCCCACCGCUGCGAGCCUGCGGCGACGGACGGCACGCCGGAGCACCGGCACGAUCUACCGACCUCGACGGCUUGCUACUGAGAAAAAAUGGAGCCAUGAAUCAUAAACAGUUCACAGGGAUGGCAUGGUGUUGCUGUGGGCUUUCAUGUGCACACCAGAUCUUGCCCAUCGACACCUACUAUCUCGUGCAAUUCUUUGAUGACAGCCAACCGCAGAAGCCGCAUAUCUACUUCCCCAAGAAAGUUGAUACGCGUAGAGGAUAGAGAAUAGUGCUCCACUCUAACGUGACACUAGAAUAUGAUCGAAUGCAAUAGAGAAGAGGCCGUAAGGGCCAGGGAAAUUGCUGUAAAGAUGAUGGAAAACAAAGAUUUUGUUGGUGCAGAGAAGAUUGUACUUAAAGCUCAAAUGCUUUUUCCAGAGCUUGAAAAUGCAUCUCAGCUGUUAACCAUCUGCAGUGUGCACUGCGCAGCAGAGUUAAGGGUGAACGGAGAGAUAGAUUUCUAUGGAAUCCUUCGAGUGGAGGAAGGAGCGGAUGAAGCCUUGAUAAGAAAGCAGUACCGCAAGCUUGCAUUUUCACUUCAUCCUGAUAAAAAUUGUUUCGUGGGUGCUGAAGCAGCUUUCAAGUUGGUUGCUGAAGCUCACUCUGUACUAUGUGAUCCCACAAAACGAUCUCAGUAUGACCUGAAAAGGAAGAAUGUAUUUAGAAAUGUGCCAAAGCCAGCUAAGCAGCAGUCAUCAAAGAAGACUGAAUCAAACAAACGGAGCAGGCCUGGACCUGGUGAAGCAUUUUGGACCAUAUGCCCACAUUGUCAGAUGCGAUACCAGUACCUCAUCAAUAUCUUGAACACCAUGGUCCUCUGUAUGAGCUGCAGAAGGAAUUUUUUUGCAUACAAUCUGUAUGAGCAGCCCAUACCCACUUCAUCAAGCGUACCCAACGGCUCCCAAGUUCCUGCAAACAUGUUUCCUAAACAGCGUGACAGUCACGGUCAACAAGGUCACCCUGUGAAGCCUUCAUGUGCAGGUAGAGACACCAAUGUGAAGCCAAAUGGUUCCAAAGACCCUUCACGCAUGUUUCCAAAUCAACAGGCUCAUCCUGUGAAGCCUUCUGCAGGUGGAGACACAGAUGUGAAGCUGAGGAUGAAUGUCUCCCAAUACCAACAUGAUGAAUACAUGAAUGGGUAUAGCAGGCCAGGUUGUCAUAAGAAGGCUAAUCAACCGGAAACAUCAAUGGGGCAAUUUCAAUAUUCAACACUGAAACAAGAUAAAUCUUCUGUCCCAUCUGAAAAUGGGAAUAUGCAGGGAAGGUCAAUGCCAGAUUCUGCUGAUCCAAACAUUGUCAACAAACAAAAGUUGGUUAGGGAAGAUGCUAAAUCUUCUGUCCCAUCUGAAAAUGGGAAUACACAGGGAAGGUCAAUGCUAGAUUCUGCUGAUCCAAACAUUGUCAACAAACAAAAGUCGGUUAGAGAAGAUGCAUCAGUGGAGCCAGAUGCCACGAAUGUGCCUUGUUCUGCAAAGCUUUCUUCUGUAGGUGGAAAAACAGAUGGAGAUCCUAGGAUAAAUGUGGCAGGCAGAAGAUCAAUGCCAGAUUCUGUUGAUCCAAACAUCACUGACAGAAGGAACUUGGAUAAAGAAGAUGCAUCUACAGUACCCAGUGCUGCAGGAUCCUCUGGUACCCGAAGGUCAGGUAGGAGGAAGCAAGAUGCUGAUGGAAAUAUUUUCCUGAACAUAGAUACCAUAAAGAGGCAGAGGAAGAAUGAUUUGCCAUCUAAUGUUGGGCCAUCAGAUCCACCUCAUGUCUCCCGCAAUGUUGGCAUCCAAGAGACGGAAAAAGCUACGGAUACAGGUGAUCAGGGAAACUUCAAGGAAGAAGCUCCUGUAACUGAUAUAAAUGGUCAAAACAAUAUCAAGGAUGAAGCUCCUGAAACUGCGGGCCAAAAGAAAGCUUCCUAUUCUGAGUUGGUAACCUUUCCUGAUCCAGAUAUCUUCAAUUUUGAGCAGUUCAGGGAUAUCAAUCUGUUUGCAGUUGGGCAGAUAUGGGCCCUUUAUGAUAAUCUUGAUGGCAUGCCAAGGUAUUAUGCUCGAAUAAAGAAAUUUGAUGCCUCCAACUUCAAAGUGCAUUUGACUUGGCUGGAGUACGAUGCGAUGGAUGAAGCUGAAGAGAAUUGGACCAGUGAAGAACUGCCUACUGCCUGUGGAAACUUUCGCCUUGGGAAAGGAAGUGAUGUAACACAUGACAGGUCCAUGUUUUCUCACAUUGCUACAUGGACGAAAGGUAAAAAAAGGAAUUCGUAUGUCAUAUAUCCUAAUAAGGGUGAGGUGUGGGCUCUUUACAAGGGCUGGAGCAUGGAAUGGAGCUCUGAUGCAGAUAACCAUAGAUCAUAUGAGUACGAGGUUGUGGAAAUCCUAUCAAAUAUGUCGGUCAGUGAUGGUGCCACUGUUAUCCCACUGGUCAGGAUCAAGGGAUUUGUCAGUUUAUUUGCGACAGCUAAGGAUAAAUCUUCAUUUGUGAUAACAUCGAGUGAGCUUCUCAGAUUUUCUCAUAGCAUACCCUUUUAUCGGACAAAAGGAAAUGAAAAGGUUGGUGUCCCAGUAGGAUUUCUGGAACUUGACAAUGCAUGUCUCCCUGCUGACCUGGAUGCGGCAUUUUCUUCUGUUACUCUUGACUCUUACAUGUCUCUUGGCAAGAAAGAAAGCAACACAUUUGUUGAUAUGACCACUGGCAAUACAAGCCAUAGAACGGAUCCUGGAGAUGAGCAAAUUGCUCAGGAGAAUCACUCUGAAGCACAUGGUUGCCACCCGAUGUCUACAGAUAAUCGUAAAGAUAUGUCUCCUGAACAAAAUACAACCUCCAAGAAAACUGCCGGUGAUGCCAAUAAAUUUGGUGAUUUCUCUCUGCAAAACAACAUUUCCCCCAACGUAUAUACAUAUCCUGAUUCAGAUUUCCACAGCUUUGAAGAAGGUCGCUCCUGUGAGAAGUUUGCACGUGGACAAAUAUGGGCCUUGUUCAGUGAUGCUGAUAAAUUCCCCAAGUUCUAUGCCUGGGUAAGAAAAGUUGAGCAAGAACCUUUCAGGGUGGAAUUGAUAUGGCUCGAGGCUUGCCCUGAACAUGAGCAGGAGAAGCAGUGGUUGGAGCAGGACAUACCCAUCAGCUGCGGCACAUUCAGGGUUCGAACCUGGAGAGCAAUGUACAACACAAACGAAACCUUCUCUCAUCAAGUACGCGCCAGAGAUACCCGCAGGAAGUGGGAGGUCACAAUCUUCCCGGAAUCAGGUGACAUCUGGGCCGUCUACAUGAACUGGGCGCCUGAUUGGGUUCCAUCCAGUGCUGGGGCUUGUGACCUCGCAAUCUGCAUGGUCGUCGAGCGCACUGAAGACAGCACGAAGCUCAUCUUCCUGACCCAGGUCAGCGGGUACCGAUCCGUGUUCAGACUCGACAAUCAAAAAGGUGUCCUGGAGGUUCCUGCCAGCGAGAGGCUGAGGUUCUCCCACCAGAUUCCCUCGAUCCUCCUAACGGAAGAGAAAGGCGGCAAGCUCCGGGGCUUCUACGAGCUCGACCCUGCCUCUGUCCCUGACUCCUUCCUGUACAGGGACACCUGACUGGACGACGACGACCACUACUAUCCACAAAUGUUGCAGCAGACUCUGAAGUAGUUUAACCCAAGUUAGACUCGCACUAGAAUUAUUUUGUCUCGAGUUCGGCUGCCAAUUAAUUGGAUGUACAUAUAUGCUCGUUAGCUUAGCCUUACCAUAAACAUGAUAUGUUUAUGGGGAGGCCUGGUUCUCUUGUGGGGUGGGAUCUGGUAGCAAGGGUAAACCACUUAUGUUCUGGUGCUUGUUAAGUGCCACCAAGUCUGGUCGAUUGCGGCGGUUAAUCACAUUGGUCUGCAAAAUCGGUGAAAGUAACACUGAUUCGCCAGGCUGCUCACAUGACAUGUUGAAUGGUUAAAAGCUAAUUAUUAUGAUGCUAGCGUGGAACUUAUA